AUGAAUAACUCUGACAAGAAACAUCGUUAUUUCUCCCUAAAUAUGCCAAAAGGAACACGUGCAAUAAUUCGUCGAGGAGCUGCUAGCGUUGAACCAGCUGAAGAACACAGAGACUCUCCUCGUGACGAUGAUGAUGAUGAUGAUAAUGAUCAUGAGAAUGCGUAUGGUUUCCGUGGAACGGAUGAUAAUAUGAACAAUAAUACUGAUGAAUUUCUUGUCAACUACAGACUACCACGUAGUUCAACAGUUAUAACAACAGUAAGCGGUGAACCUUUACUUACGUCACCUGGUACACGAUAUCAUGAUAGGACAAAUGAAGCGACAAUAGCCGGCGGCGGCGGCGGCGUGGGAGGUAAUCAUGGCUAUAAUACACAAAAUGAACAGUCAAACAAGCAAACACGUGCACAUUCACAUAAUCGUUCCAUUUCACCUUACGAUAAACAGAGAUCAAGAGAGGUCAAUGAUGUAGAUAAAAGUCAACCUAGAAGAAGUACAUAUCUGUCCGCGACUAAUAAUAAUAAUAAUAACAACAGGAGUGGGUAUAAUUCUCGCAACAGACAUAGUCGACGUUCAUCAUCACAAACCAAUGAACAUGAUAUGUUGAUUCCAGGUCAACCGUUAAUAUAUAACGCCACGAUAACAUCUGUUAACCGAUCAGGUCAUGGUUCACGUGGACCAUAUACCAGUCUUGGUCCAGGUCAUUUUCGUAUAGCUGGAAAAGCACCAUUAGCUUACGAUACUACCUCUGUUGGAACUACAAGCCCAGUUCAAACACCUAGACCAACUAUGCAAGAUGCAUUACAAUUUUCAUUUGAAAAUGAUCGUGUACAACGUAAUUCACUGUUGAUUUCAUCAAAUCAAAAUGAAAAACCAUUGAAACCUGUACUGUUCGAAGAUGAAGUGAUCAAUAAAUCCUCGAGAUCAUGUUUUACAUCAUGUCUCCAAUGGAUUUCAUCAUUUUUCCGGAGAUUAUUUGGUCGUAGCGAUGAAUCGAUGAAAUCUAGGAAAUCUGGCAAUCUUGGACAAGAUCCAGGUGGGAUUAAAGGACCUAAAGAGUUUGCAACGCUUCGAGCAAUGGCCGCUUUAGCUGCAGCGACAGCAGCAACAGCUGUAGCCGAUCCAACAAAAGCUGCUCAGGGAGAUUUGCUUCUUCCUCCAGGUUUCCUUGAUCCAGUAAGAAUGUUACACCUAGACCAUACAGAUACUGCUACAGAAGACUAUGAAGAACAGACGAAAUCAAUACAGUUGGAUCGUCCAGCUAGAGAACUUUUAAUCUGGUCAAUUUUAGUCGGUAAACUACGUAUGGCUGAAUUAUUUUGGACAAUGGAAAAAGAACCUAUAGCAGCAGCUUUACUAGCCUCAAUACUUUUAACAUCUUUGGGGAAUAAAACAGAUGACUUUACAGAUAAAGAAGAUUAUAGAAGCUUUGCAAAGAAUUUUCAAGAACGUGCAGAAGGUGUAUUGAAUGAAUGUUAUCGAGAGGAUGAACAUCGUACACAGUUGAUCAUUAAUCAUGAAUUAAUCUACUACGGUCGUAGUUCAGUGAUUAAAUUAGCUGCUGAAGGACAAAGUAUUAAAUUUAUGGCCCAUCCAUGCUGUCAAGAUUUCCUUACCAAUACAUGGAGUGGUAAUCUGUCAACAAAGAAUAGUGUAUUUCGGUAUUUUCUGGGAAUCGUUUGUGGUUUGACAUUACCAUUUCUAAUCCCUAAAAUCAUCUUAUCCAAACCAAAAUCUGGUCAUACAGUUGAAGGAGAGGAAUCCGUUGCUGCUUCUGAACAUCAUGCCUCUGCACAUGAUCAUAUUUCAACAUAUACAAAUGUAGAAGAUGCUGGUAAAAAAGGUGUACGUAAAACACUUAAAGUUAGAACAUUAGAAUUUAUUUCACAGAUUCGUGAUUUCUAUAUGGCACCUGUUAUUCGUUUUGUGUAUAAUACUCUUUCUUAUAUGACAUUUCUCAUCUUGUUCAGUUAUCUUUUACUGGUGGAUUUCAGGAUCAAUAUAACAGUUGUUGAAUAUAUUGUCAUUGCAUGGGUAAUCACACUGUUCAUAGAAGAAAUUAAACAGAUUGCUUGGGCUGUAUUAUCCGGUAUCAGUUUUAGAACGUAUAUUUCAGAUGGUUGGAAUAAAUUAGAUUGUGUUGGUUUAGCCCUAUACAUUGUUGGUUUUAUAUUACGAUUAAUUGUUCUACUACGUUUGGGUGGAGGAGAAAAUAUCGACUUUGAACAUGAACGUUAUUAUAUUGUAACAGAUCCUAUUCUAGAUCCAUCAAGGAUAUGUCUUGCAAUCAGUUUAUUCACCUUCUAUAUCCGUUUAAUGUAUACAUUCAGUUUUCAUAUUGCAUUAGGACCGAAAUUGAUUAUGAUUGGAAAAAUGGUGACGAAUGAUUUGAUUCCAUUCAUGAUUAUUUUAACUGUGAUUAUGGUUGGUUAUGCGGUAGCUGCUCAAUCGAUCGCCUAUCCUAAUGGUUUAUUCACUAAGGAGAACAUGACGCUGAACUCUGAGAUUAAGCAUAUGACAUUUGCAGAUAUCAUCUUUUCAAUGUAUACAACCGCGUAUUUUCAAAUGUUUGGUGAUUUCAGUUUAGAUGCAUUACAAGGAGAAGAUCGUACAUGUCAGAAUCAUAUGUGUCCUACAAAAACAUCCCGUUGGCUUGUUCCAAUUAUGCUUGGAUUCUAUGUUUUAUUAACAAAUAUACUGAUGUUCAACUUACUUAUUGCCAUGUUUUCUAAAACGUAUGAAGAAAUUGAAAGUGCAUCAACAUACUAUUGGAAUUAUCAAAGAUAUCAAAUGAUUAAUGAUUAUGUACACAGAUCACCACUUGCACCGCCUAUAAUUAUUGUAUGGCAUUUUUAUGAAGCUUAUAAAGCUAUUGGUAAUCAAUGUGCAAGUUUAAGAAAUGCAGAGACAACUAAAUAUAAUCCAUUCUGUGUACGUUUUACUGAUAUAAAAAAAGAAAGAGAAAUGGUCAAAUGGGAGCAUAUGAAAGCGAUGGACUACCUAAGAGAACCUUCAACAAAAGCUACAGGGAAACGAGGUGUAGCUGAGUCACGAGCUGUAGUAUUUCGUGGUGGCGGUGGUGUUGGUCCUGGUCAAGGACCAGUUAUGGAUUUAAAAAGUGAAAUGUCCAGUGUUACAGAGGGGAUUGGUAUGGAGUUAGAAAAACGUUUCAAAGAAAUAGACAAUCAAUUUCAACGAUUCAAUGAUGUUGACUCACGACUGAAUGAUGUAACCCAAUUACUCACUAAUUUAUCUGAAGUUAUCAGUAAUAUGACAGAAACUCAACAACGAGUAAGUUGA